AUGCCCACUCCCGGAUCUACAGACCAGUCUCCUUCAACAGUCGCAACAGGAAACGACUCAUCAUCAGCAGAAAUAUCAGCAGGUAAUGAGAGAAGCGAAAGGAUGAGCCAUGGACGCCCCCUGACGGGGUGCCCGACGGGGGUCUGGCAGCGUGGCUUAUGGUCCUGGGUGCGUGGUGUGUGCUGUUUUGCAGCUUCGGGUGGAUCAACAGCGUACUACGAACAUAAUCUCCUCCGCCAGUAUUCCAGCAGUAAGGUCUCGUGGAUUCCGUCGCUGCAGAUAUUCUUCAUGUUUGCCAUGGGGCCAAUCGCAGGUCAAAUCUACGACCGAUUUGGUCCUCGAUAUCUCCUGUUAGGCGGCUCGCUUCUGCAUGUCUUCGGUUUAAUGAUGACAUCCAUAUCGAACAGAUACUAUCAGAUACUGGUAUCCCAGGCGUAUGUAGUGCCAUUGGUGUGGCUGCCAUUUUCCAAGCAGCAUCCCCAGCUGGUUCAACAAGAAGCGUGGUGCAGUAUACGGCAUUGUGUCCUCCGGCUCAAGCAUAGGGAAAUCGUCUACCCUAUCAUGAUCAGCAAGAUCAUUAACAUUCUUGGAUUCCCAUGGACCAUGAGAACUUGCGCGUUCAUCAUAUUUUUCCUUCUACGUAUAGCCAACCUGACCGUCAGGUCCCGUCUCCCACCGAACCCUCGAAAGCUAUCCAUGGAGUCCCUGAUGCGACCCUUCAAGGAGUUAAAAAUGAUGUUACUAGUAGCCAGCUUCUCCAUUCUCGCUUUCGGGAUAUUUGUGCCGAUGAACUAUCUCGUUACUGAAGCAAUGGCAAAGGGCAUGGGCCGUGAUUUGGCGGAGUACUUGGUUGCCAUUCUGAACGCAGGCAGUCUCUCCGGCCGUCUCGGCGCUGGAACCUUCGCCGACACAAUCGGUUCCUACAAUAUCUUCGCGGUUGUAACCUACAUCGCCGGCAUUCUAGUUCUAGCGCUAUGGAUCCCUGCCUCGAGCAACGCCGGAACCAUCGUCUUCACUGUGCUCUUUGGGUUCGCCACGGGUGCGACCGGACUUCUUUUCCUGUUUGCGUCUAUCGGUGGUCUGACGGCCAAUCCGAUCGCAGGCACUAUUUUGCAACACUCGGGUGGAUCGUAUACCGGCAUGAAGAUCUUCUCUGGCGUGUUGUUGAUUGUAGGAUCGACCCUGACGAUAGGUGUUCGUCUCCGUGAGAAAGGUUUGAAGUUAAAAGUUAUUUUCUAG